AAUCAACAUGUGACUCAAGUUGGUGUCUAUGCCAGUGUGGUUUUGUAUUGUGUAACAAGUAAACAUAAAACACAGGAAACAUGUAAGUUUUUAUCAGAGCUCACAAGGAAGUCUAGUCACAGACUCUUACACUCCAUAAUCACCAUCUGUACUGGUUGAUCUCUUUCUCUUCCAAUGGGUAGCAGUACUCUGUGGGUCUUCUUGCCUCUUGAGGUGAUCAUUGCUGUAGCAUGUUGUCUGGGCAAUGUGCUGGUGAUCUGGGCAGUGUGGACAUGUAGAGCCCUCAGGAAGCCCACCUUCUGCUUCAUUGUGUCCCUCGCUGUGGCUGAUUUCCUGGUGGGGUCUGUGGUCAUCCCUGUAGCUGUGCUUGUGGAUAUUGGUAUAAACACCUCUUUUCAUGGCUGCCUUUUCAUGUGUGGUGUCAUCAUAAUGCUAGAGGUGGCUUCUGUCGCCUUACUCCUGGCCAUAGCAGUGGACCGUUUUCUCCGUGUGCACAUCCCUCUGACGUAUAAGUCUACAGUCUCUAAGAAACGCUUAUGGAUCGUGGUUGCACUCUGCUGGGUCACUGCUGCAUUGUUGAGUUUUAUCCCCAUGUUUGGAUGGCACAAAUCUUUGGGCGCAGACAGAAUUGAAUGCAGAUUCUUUACUGUUAUCUCCUAUUCAUAUCUAGUUUACUUCAUAUUCUUCAGCUUAUACCUUCCUCCAUUGGCUCUCAUGACAGGCUUUUACUGUUACAUCUUCCUGACCACUCGAAGGCAGUUCAGGGCAAAUAUAGGUGUGGCUGCCAAGUCCAGCACAUAUUACCAAAAAGAACACAGACUGGCUGCUUCACUGGUUCUGGUCUUGGUUCUCUUUGUUGUCUGUUGGCUACCUUUAUUCCUCAUGGUCACUGUAAGAUUAUAUGGUCCACAUAUUGAGGUGCCCUCUGUUGCCGUUGAAUUAGGUGUCCUCCUGUCCCAUGCUAAUUCAGCAGUUAACCCCAUAGUUUAUGCGUUUAGGAUCCCCAAGAUAAAAGAGGCGUGUAAGAAGCUGUGGAGAAGAGUUUAUCAUGACAGAAAACAGCAGCAGAGUGAACAGAGCAAGACACAGAAUAAUACAGACAGAAACAAAAACAGCAAUGCAGAAAAGACCGGUACAAAAGACAACAGUACAGAAAACAGAAGAGCUACACAGGAGUCAGUGCUGUAAAAACCCUACAGCAAAUGAUGAUAUAUAUGAGAUGCACAAAGACUGUAAUUGACCAUUUCCAGCCAUCACAGUCAUCUCUAAAUGUUCCUUCUUCCAUCAGUCGAAGGAAAACCUCUGGCUCUGUUGAAACGAUUUGUUGUUUUAUCCUA